GCGCAGCGCCUGCACCAUGGCCUGAUACGCAUCUGCACGAGUUAACCUUCGCCCUGUAACACAGCAUGGAACGGCCGUAGAGAGCGUCAGGUAGCUUUAGAGGCGGGAACUUGCGCUCUUUAAGUCGCGGAGAGACUGUUGUAGGUCUUAUCAGACAAACUGCUCGGUGGAGUAUUUGCUUUAGCUUGGGAGUUUAGGAUUGGACCGGAGGAGAUGACUGUUCCUUACCAGUCGCGAAUUUGAUCAAGGAGAGAGGGUAGUCACGACAAUAUCUACGGGGAAGGACUAGAGGACUCCACAGACUUAGGACCCGUCUUCAGUCACUGAUUUGCUUGGACUCGCACUGUCACGGUGUUUCAAGAGCACCUGCGCAGUGGGUUUGCUUGCUGGUGGAUGUUGAUACAUGUAUAUAUGCAUUACGAACUGAUAAUAGUCCUACUACGAAAGACUUGAUGUUAUUGGUCAUACCCUCUGGUUAGUGGACUGCAAAUGUGGAAAAUCCAUGUCAAAUGGUCCAACACUCCUUUUUGAGCGUUACGCAUCCAAAGGUCAUCAUGCAAAAGAGCGGUACUACGCAUGCUCAGCAUGUCGGGACAGGAAGGAUUGCAGCUUCUUUCAGUCAGCCGAUGAGAGGGUGUCGGAGACUAGGUCAAAGGUCAGAGAAGAGCAUAACAGAGCACAACAGCCAUGGAAAAGCCACGAGGACUUUUACAAAAGGAUGGAGGCCACAAAGGACUUGAAAUGGAAGGACAGGAGGUUUUGUGUGGACUGCAGCUUGUUGCUCUACCCAAGGGAAUUCAGGGAACACGCCAAGCACACGGUGAAAUCCAGCCUGACCGACGAGGAGCUCAGACAACCAUCCCACCUGCUAGUUCCUCUAGAGAACAGUAAGACAAAUGCGCAAUAUCUGUUUUCACAGGAGGCUACCGAAUUCCUGGUGUCGAGUGUCAAGGAGUUAGGCUUUGACCGAGUUCUGUGUGUGGGAGUGCCGAGAUUACAUGAAGCGAUUCAGACAAGGCAGUCAUUGGGGCUGAACAGUCUUCUACUGGAUAUAGAUCACAGAUACGGCCAGUUCUACCCUCCGAGCCUGUUCUGUCGCUACAACAUGUUCAACGACCACUUCUUUGAAGGGGAGCCAAGCAGGAGUAUCUGUCGGGAGUUCCUGCAUUGUAACCGUGGCAACAAUGUGGUAGUGGUCACAGACCCUCCAUUUGGGGGGCGGGUUGAAAUUCUGGUGGAGGUGUUGAAAAGGAUGAUGGCACUGUGGAAGGAAGGUGCACAUGGGCCAGAUUCGUCAAAAGAACUGCCAGUCAUGUGGAUUUUCCCUUACUUUCUGGAGCACAGGAUUGUGGCAGGCCUCCCCUCAUUUGUCAUGCUUGACUACAAGGUUGAGUAUAACAACCACCCCCUGUUUCAGCACAGCAAGAAAGCCUGUAAAAAGGGCUCUCCUGUUCGCAUCUUCACAAACAUCCCUCCUUCAAAAAUUGUUCUACCUGCCAGUUAUGGUUAUCGGUUUUGUCGGGAGUGUAGUCGGUAUGUGUCCCAGGAGAAUGUCCACUGCAGAGACUGCGGAAGCUGUACCUCCAAGGACGGCAGCACGUACCGACAUUGCAAGCUGUGUAACCGAUGUGUGAAACCAGUGUAUGUCCAUUGUCAGACUUGUCAGCAGUGCGGGUUACCAGACCACCAGUGUGAAAGACUUAAGGACAAAGUGGGGUGCCACAUAUGUGGCUCGUCGGAUCACAAGAGGAGAGAAUGCCCAGAGAAAUUCAACAAAGUAUUCAGAAACAAGAAGAGGAAGACAGAUACCGCACAGCACCUUGAUACUGGUAUGAUAUAAUUAGACUGUCAGGCAUUCCUGAACCACAUCAUCACAAUAGCACCAGCCAAAUAAUGGAGGAGUCAUGGCUACUUUUAACUUGAAGAGGACAGAUCUGUUUAUUGGGCAAGUAUCUGCCCUGAGCGGGAUCAAGAGAGGGUGCAGUUUUCCUAGCAACAAAGGGUGUUUUAGGUGGGACUGCACUUCACUGGUUAAUAUUCACAGAUGAUUAUGAAAUGCAUGUGUUACGGUCAAAGGGCUAUCAACACUUGAACACUCCCCACCAAUUUUGCUCUUUUCAACCAAUGAGGAGAUAUUUCUGCUCGUGGCAUCAGCUGGCGGCCUCGUGUAUGGCCAGACAACUGAGUUGAUAUCGUGGGCAGCGUCCAACCUCAUUCCCAGGGUAUCAAGCAAUUUGCUUCCACCGCUACCUGUGCCUGCUUGCUCUCCCUCUCGCUGAAUCAUUUGCAUAUCCUAAAAUAUUGGAUACAUAUGUUAGUGAGGAAUAGUCAUGUUCUUGACCGUGCUUUCAAUCAAUGUUCAUGAUAGUGUGCAGUGCAAUAACUCAGAGACAGUUCUUUGUAAUGUGUUUGUUUUGUGAUUUUUUCAGCCAUAAAAAAGUUCAAAUUUCAUCCAACCAAAAUGCAUAUCACUUUUUUUUUUAUUAUGGAGGAGGGGGAUUGUUUAAAGGGGAAAGUCAAUAAAAUAAUUCACACCAAAUCUGGAAGCACAUAAUACGUGUACAUGGUGAAAGUAUAAACACCGAAUGCAUGGUGUAAAACAUUUCCCCGCUGUUCCGGCAUUGAAUUGGGAUACAGGCAGAAAGUUUCCUUUCCAGGUAUUACUGCUGGAAACCAAGCUGGAAAUGAAGUAAUUGCUGAUGAAGGCAUGGAGUGAAGAAAGUCUUUCGUUUUUGUCAAACAACACUGUGCAAUCUGAAAUAUAUUGCUGGUUCAUGACACACUGCUGUCAGGAUUCACACUAUCCACAGGGGCAAUGUGUACGUUUGACACUGUUGGUAACUUUUGCAUAAGCCAUACCCUUAUAAAUGCAGUGUUGAUGACACUCAGGGCAUUCAAAUUGAUUCUGAAAGAUGAUCUCUGCAUACAUUAGAAAGUAUAAUAUCGGUCAUUCUUUAUACUGUACUUGCUCAGAUUUUCUACCAAAGUAACCCGAAUAAAUAGGCAUAAUUUGUAUCUGUCCCAUUAUCUACAGUCGCCGUAGCUGGCUGCUGCAUAUGUGGCAGCUCUCCAGGAGAUCCUAUAUACAGAGACAUUGAAAUCAGGUGUUUGAUUACCAGGUUCAGAGCCACAAUGAUGAAUCAAAUAGCCUUUCAUCUUCUGGAUCUGGAAAUAAUAAGAGUGGAAAACACAGGCAAUGUACAGCUGAUUGAAUGUUACGUUAAUUCAGAUUGGUGCAUAGACUGUCACAUGGGUGGUUUGUACCAGAUGAUAAAACGCGCUUGAGAAUUUUAAAACCAGUUAUUAAAUACACUUGACCCCAGGUUGGGGCAACAAAUAUCUGCUCCUGUGCUAUUGUUACUUUUAAUAAUAAUAAGUCCUAACACAAAACAAAUGAGAAAACUUUAGAUUCCCUGAAGAAGCCAGUGCUUGAAAUAUCAAUUACCGAUAUCAUUAAUGUUCUAAGUGAAGACCUUUUUCACAUACACUGUCAUUUAAAAGCAUAUUUUUAAGGGGAUCCGAAAUAUAUCUUCUUGAUUGAGGAUAAAGUUGCAGCUAUGGUUCACGGUACAAUAGGUACCUCUGUUUAUGUUGCCUUUUGGAUCUCAAAAUAUGAAAACACUGUUGUUGAUGGGCAUUUCCUUUGUUUUCGUGUAUUAAAAAUUAGUCUGUGAAGUGCAGCUUUCAUGUUACUCCCCUUUGAACAGAAUCACUUUCCUGGGUUAAAAUUUCGACCAAGUACCUCUUAUAUAAAUUAUUUCAAAUUGCACCAUUAAGUACAGCUUGGAUGUUCCCCCUUUUGGAGUAAAUUCCAAAUACAUGUAUCAUGUAUUUCGUGAAACUCGUGUAGGGUACCUCUAAAACACCCCACAGAGGUCCUUGUAGGGUGCGUGUGUACAUUUGAAGUUAAAUGGGGACCUUUCGACGUUAAUGGACGUUUCAUAAAGUUGGUGCGUGGCCUGUAGUGUUCUGCACAAGCCCGAUGUACAUUGUGAAAAUAAAGUCACACAGCUAGGUCGCAAGACCUGCAUAUGAUU